GUUGUCAGCCACGGUGGGGAGGAAAGGAGCAGACGAUGGUUAGAGCAUCUACAGCAGGGUUGAACCCAGAGCCCCCGGCUGGAACCAGGGGCUCAGGUCAGGCGGGCUCCCCAGCCUGCUCCAGAGGAGCGAGGGGAGGAAGGGGGGCAAGUCCACGAUGCUGAGAGGGGUGGCCAGAGCGCCGCCCCCAGGAGGAGAAGGGAGGGUUGGCAGGGCUGGGGGGUGCCCAGCUGCCAUUCCCGCCGUCUCCUGGCCCCCACUCGCUGGCGCCCAAGUGGGAGGACGGCAGCUGCCCGCUCCCUCCUCCCCACACCCCCGCUACCUGCCCAGUGCCCGAAGCGAAGCGUGAGGAGGCUGCGAGCCAGAGGGGCCGAGCCCACAACUUUGCAGCCUCGGGGAGGGCGAGAGCCGGCGUCCAGGGCUCCUCUUAUCCGCGACCAGAGCUUGGAAUGUAAUCAAAGAUGCUGGCCCUGAGGCUGCUCAACGUGGUGGCCCCUGCCUACUUCCUGUGCAUCUCCCUGGUGACCUUCGUGCUGCAGCUCUUCCUCUUCCUGCCCAGCAUGCGCCAGGACCCUGCUGCCGCUCGGAUCUUCUCACCCGCGCUGCUCCAUGGGGCUCUCUUCCUGUUCCUCUCCACCAACGCCCUGGGCAAUUACGUUCUGGUCAUCCAGAAUUCCCCGGACGACCUAGACGCCUGCCAGGGAGCUGUGGCCAGGAGGGCCCCAUGCCCCCCACCCAGCACACACUUCUGCCGAGUGUGCGCCAGAGUCACCCUGAGGCACGAUCAUCACUGCUUCUUCACUGGCAACUGCAUCGGGAGCAGGAACAUGCGCAACUUCGUCCUGUUCUGCCUCUACACCUCCCUGGCCUGUCUCUACUCCAUGGUGGCUGGUGUGGCCUACAUCUCUGCAGUCCUUUCCAUCUCCUUCGCCCACCCUUUGGCCUUCCUCACGCUCCUGCCCACCUCCAUCAGUCAGUUCUUCUCUGGAGCUGUCCUCGGUUCUGAAAUGUUCGUCAUUCUCAUGCUCUACCUCUGGUUUGCCAUCGGCCUGGCCUGCGCUGGCUUCUGCUGCCAUCAGCUGCUGUUGAUCCUCCGGGGGCAGACCCGCCACCAGGUGCGGAAGGGGGUGGCCGUGAGGGCCCGGCCCUGGCGCAAGAACUUACAGGAGGUCUUCGGGAAGAGGUGGCUGUUGGGGCUGCUGAUCCCCAUGUUCAAUGUCGGAAGUGAGAGCUCCAAGCAGCGGGACAAGUAGCAGGCACUCCCAUCGUUUCUCUGUGUGUGCGUCUUGACCCCUGAGGAACGUAAGACCACAGUACUCUUGUCUCCACCCGUGUCCCAUUACAGCUUUGGAUUGGUAAGGUCCUAGCAUCCAUCCUUGGUCUUGAACAUAUAGAGCACAGCAUUGGCUGGUGGACCAUGACAAGGAGGAGAGAUGGCCACCCAGGCAUUGCUAGGCUCCCCAUGAGCCAGCCAGGGGGCUGCUAACUGUUCAGAAGCCUCGGCUUUUGUUUCUCCCCCUUGGGGCACCUGCUUUCCCCGUCUGUCUGGCUCAUCCACUCUCUACCAAGUCUCAUGUCAUCAUUGCUACCUGCUAGAGCUUUUCCUCUCAGCCCCGUGUUAGUAGUGGGGAGUGGAUUCUUACGGCUGGUAUGAUGCUCCCCAGGACUUGGAGGCUGGCAAAAAUGUUUAAAAUUACCAUGGGUGAGAGGCAGCCAAGUCAGCUCUGCCAACUGCUAGUGAGGCUGGCAAAGGAGGGGUGUGUGUCCUCAUCCCCUCUGUGGAAUUGUAGACGGUGGAAAGAAAAAAGAACUCAGGAGCUUACUGCCCAGCCCCCAAGUUGCAAGGCUCUUUCUCUGGGAGACAGCAGCCAAUGGCCUGGGGUUUCCAGCUGCUGUCCCUGUCCACCUUGCCCCAGCUGGCCACCCAGCCUAAUCCAAGACCUGGCUGGAUGCUUCCUUUCUCUGGCACUCUUCCAGCCUUUCCCAUUGGCCCAGCCUCCAGGUCUUUGCCAGAUGCUAGGAAGGCAAGGAAGAAGGGAAAAGGAAGGGGAGAUCCUGAUAAAUGAGAGAGUGUAUGUGACAUAACUGUACAGAAGGGGAUGUGGUGGGGAGGGAGGGAGGAAGAGGGAGAGAGAUGGAGAGAGGUAUUGUUAGGAAAAUAGAGAAAUAAUGCUUAAGGGAUGGGGGAGAGAGAGGGUCACAGAUGUUAUUUGGGGAAUGAAAAUGAGAGGAGCAAGUGGGUUCAUUUCUGAAGGAUAUUCUAGCAGCUAAAGCUGUUGGGUGUGUGACAAUUUCCUGGGAGGUAGUGAGUAUCUUACAAAUGGAGAUAGUCCAGAAGGAAUAGGCAGUCACCUGGCAGGCAUGCUGUGGGAAGAAUUUUUGCAUAGGAUCAGAGAAAGGAAGAUCCUUUUGCACCUCCAGAUGCCAGUGUUCUCUUCCUGAUUAUUAGGGGCAAGAUGUCUCUCUAUUUUAUUUUUUAUUUUUCAUUUUUGGCCGCCCUGCAGCAUAGGGAGCUCCCGGGCCAGGGAUCAGAUUCAAGCUGCAGUUGCAGUUGCAACCUAAGCCCCAGCUGCGGUGGAUCCUUAACCCACUGUGCCAGGUUGGGGAUUGAACCUGCAUCCUGGUGCUCCCAAGAUGCCACUGAUCCCGUUGUGCCAUGACGGGACCUCUGCAAGAUGUCUCUUGAGAGACAGAACUACUAGGUAUUAAUGCUAGUUGAGGGAAUUGGCAUUUGAGGAUGGGGAGAAGGAGCAUUGCCAGGGGCAGGUGGGGGCAGUGGUGGGUAGAACAGAGCUGAAAGAUCACGCUCAACUCUGAGGAGUGAGAUUGGGAGAGUUGAGGCUCAGGAAAAGGGAGACAGAGUGUAGGGGUGCCAUUGUGUGACCAGUGCUGACUGGCUCUGGAUGGGGGUACUGCUAUGUGUUCUGGGACCCAGAAGACCAGACUCCUGGAGCAUAUGAGGGAGUGGGGACAAUACAAGGGCCCCCUUUGACUGGGUCCCAAGGCUAGUCUGCCAUCCAGUCUGCUCUAGGCCAGCUGGUGGUCACAGCGACCCCAGCCAUUGGGGCACAACACACUGAGUUCUUGAGCAGAGCUUGGGAGAACUUUAUCUUGGUCCUGCCUUCAUGCCCCCUAGAGAACUAAUGUAGUAAUGGUGCCAUCGGCUCAUACUUCUCCCUCCUAUAUUCAUUCACUCAUGUAUCCUACAUGCAUUUAUUGAGCACCAACUAUGUGCCAAGUCUCUAUCAGGCACUGGUAUACAGUGAUGAACAAGAUGAGAUCCCUGCUGCCAGGAGUGUUUGUCACUGUCCCUAUGCACUGACGUCUACCCUCUAAAAAACGGUCACUCUGCCAUCAUGCUGGUGAACAGGGCAAGGUCACUUGGAGGAGAAGGAUGUGGCAGAGAGGGUUGAAGGAGAGCCUAGGCUUCCUGGAUGGCGGGGGGGGGGGGGGUCAGUGGGUGGGCGUCCUCCACCUCCGUUCCGGCCACACUUCAGCAGUGGGAGUGGAAGGGGAGCAGGGAGAGGGUCUGGGCAAUCCAGGCCUUGCCUCUUUCCUGACUCCAAAGCUCAAGCUUGGAAGCCAGUCCUGUCACUCUCAGCCUCCUGGAGGCUCUACACGGUAAGGGAGCAAAAGGGUUUCCUUCCCGGCUGACUGGUCAGUGGGGGGGACAGUGGGGAGGUCGCCAGGUGUGGCUCUGUAUUUUCCAUGAAGAACAUCAAUAAAAUAUGUGGCUUUAAAUUG